AUGACAUCGGGGCUCCCCGCGUUUACCCCAUUUGACAGUGCGUCAGAAACCUGGGAAGAUUACCUCGAGAGAUUUGAGUGCUUUCUACAGGCCAAUGAUCUCUCUGAGGUGUCCAGUGCCAGGAAGCGGGGCUAUUUCCUUAGCGCUUGUGGCAGAGAAGUUUUCGGGACAGCCAGGUCUUUGGCCGCACCUCAGCCAGUUUUCACAAUGCCGUGGGAGACGCUUAUGGAGAAACUCAAGCAUCACUACUCUCCUGCCCCAUCAAAGAUCGCGCGGCGCCACGCAUUUCAUCAGAGGGCACAAAGAGAGGGAGAGUCUAUAAACGAAUACGUGUCAGCGCUAAGAACGGCUGCUCGGCAUUGUGAGUUUCGGGAGCUGGAUGAGAUGCUCCUCGAUCAGUUAGUAUGUGGGGUGAGAAAUCUGAAGCUGCAGGAGAGGCUGCUGGCCCGUCCCGAGUUAACUCUUUCCAUCGCGCUGGACGAGGCGCGGGCCACCGAGAUGUCCGCCAAGUCUGCAGCCGAAAUUCAGCGUUUCCAGUCGGGGUCGGCAGGCCAUUCUUCCGUUAAUUUCGGGGCGGCAGAUUUUGACGACAAUGGGAAUCGUGGCGAUGAUGUCAGCCGCCUCAAGUCCAUCCAGCGCAAGACGUGGUCUCCUGCACCCAAGAAUCUCCAAGGCUGUUGCUUGGGCUGUGGCGGUUCACACAAUCGAUCAGAAUGCAAGUUUAAAACUGCCGUCUGCCGGCGUUGCCAGAAGCGUGGGCACUUGUCAAGGGUCUGCCGCGCCGUGUUUCCUGCCGCGUCUACCGCUGGGGAGCCGAGUUACAAGCGACAGAAGAGCGGGCAUUCGGGCCGCCGUGAGAAGGAGAGAGGGAGAGAGGGCAACUCUUUCGCGAUUUCCCAAGAUGCUGAGGUGGCUGCAGUUGCCAUCAGCCACGCAUCCUCCCCGUUCUCUGACAGUAAGAUUCACGUGACUGUCCAGCUGGAGGGUGUUCCCUGUAAAAUGGAAGUGGACACGGGAUCCUCCAGGUCGCUGAUUGCUUGGCCCACACUCAAGGCUCUGUUGCCCACUAUUCAGAAACGGCGGCUGCAGCCUUGUCACAUUGUGUUAAGGGACUAUCAGGGGAAUGCCAUUCCAACUUUGGGUUGUGGGUCUUUCCAUGUUUCCUAUGGGUCAUUUUCGGGCCAUCUGGCCCUUGUCAUUGUUAAGAACAGCCUCCCUUCAUUAUUGGGCCUUGAUUGGUUUGCUGCCCUCCAUUUGGGUAUUUCUGGGGUCCACUCCAUGAGGUCUAAUAUAUCAGAUAUCAUUCUUCAGGAAUUUGCAGAUGUAUUUGAUGGCCGCCUGGGAAAAUACAAGGGCCUCCCUAUUUCCUUUAAUUUAGACCCCCAGGUAGCACCUAUUAGGCUCAAGCCGCGGAGGGUGCCCUUGGCGCUGCGGCCCAGGGUUGACAAGGAGUUGGAUAAGCUCAUCGCUCAGGGGGUCCUACAACCAGUAGAGCAUGCCAACUGGGAGACCCCUAUUGUAAUUCCCCUGAAACAGGACGGUUCAAUUAGGAUAUGUGCUGAUUACAAGGCGACUUUAAAUAGGGCCCUCCAAACUAACCACUACCCAGUGCCAGUGGUUCAGCACUUGCUUCACUCCUUGGGCCGAGGGAAGGUUUUCGCCAAGCUGGACCUAGCCCAGGCCUAUCAGCAACUUCCUGUUGAUAGUUCCACGGCUAUGGCUCAAACAAUCAUCACACACCGGGGCGCUUUUAAGUGCAACCGGUUGCAAUUUGGUGUUAGCGUGGCCCCAGGAAUCUUCCAGAGCCUCAUGGAGCGACUGCUCCAUGGGUUAGGAGGUGUAGUUCCCUACUUUGAUGACGUUCUGAUAGCGGCUGCUGAUCAGAACGACCUCAUCCUUAAACUCAGGGCUGUACUCUCCAGGAUCAGGAAGGCGGGGCUAAAAUUAAAAAAAGAGAAGUGUCGCUUGGGGGUUUCCCAGGUGGAAUUUUUAGGAUUCCUUAUUGAUGCUUCUGGCAUUCACCCGGCCCCUGCCAAGGUAGCGGCUAUUAAGCACGCCCCUGCACCCACAUCCAAGGCACAACUGCAACAUGCUGCCGCUUCGUUCCAGGCAGUCAAAGAACUUCUUUCAUCCGACUCUGUCCUGGUACAGUACGAUGGCUCGCUGCCUCUGUCCUUGACGUGCGACGCCUCUCCCUACGGGGUAGGGGCUGUCCUGAGUCAUAUUUUGCCAUCUGGAGCGGAGGCUCCCAUCGCUUACUACUCCAGGACUUUGUCGCAUGCUGAGAGGAACUACAGCCAGCUCGACCGUGAGGCUUUGGCGGCUGUAGCUGGAAUCAAACGAUUCCAUGAUUACAUCUAUGGUAGGUUUUUUUACCUGGUCACUGACCAUAAGCCUCUUUUAGGGUUGUUGGCUGGUGACAGGCAGACUCCCCAAAUAUUGUCGCCGCGCAUGUCGCGUUGGGUGGAAUUCCUUUCCGCUUACUCGUACCAAUUGUCAUACAAACCGGGUAAGGCUAUUGCCCACGCUGAUGCCAGGGGCUGGCCUGACAAUCAUGAGUCUGCUGAAUUUAUGCCCUUCUUCCGCAGACGCCAUGAGCUGUCAGUCCUCCAGGGCUGCCUCUUAUGGGGAAAUAGAGUAAUCGUGCCCACGGCCCUCAGAAACCAAGUCUUGGCUGGUCUUCACGCAGCCCACCCGGGGGUGGUGCGGAUGAAGGCUCUCGGCAGGAGCUACGUGUGGUGGCCUAACUUUGACCAACAGGUCGAAGACUGUGUAGCUCGCUGCCGCACUUGCCAAGCUACUCGCCCAGCUCCCCCUGCUGCACCCGUGCAGGAAUGGGAACCACCACGGGCGCCUUGGGCUAGGAUACACUUGGACCUUGCUGGUCCCUUCCAGGGCCAGACCUUCCUAAUAGCGGUGGAUGCCCAUUCCAAGUGGGUUGAGUUGUCCUUAAUGCACUCCACAACGUCUUCGGCCGUUAUUAGGGUGGUAGAAGGUUGGUUUGCGACCCAUGGGCUACCUGAUGUUAUUGUUACGGAUAAUGGGCCGCAGUUUACUUCGGCACCCUUUCAGAUGUUCCUAGCCCGUUUGGGGAUCCGCCAUGCUCAGACUGCCCCGCAACAUCCGGCUGCUAAUGGACAAGCUGAACGGGCCGUCCAUUCAGCCAAAGAGGCUCUGCGUAGGUUAGGGUCCACCGAUUGGCAUCACAAGAUCCACCAAUACCUGUUGGCGCAGCACACCACCCCUUGUGCCACCACCAAACAAAGCCCCGCAGAGUUGCUAAUGGGUAGGAGGCUAAGAACGACCCUGGAUCGCUUACACCCAAGUUACACCCAUGGCCCACCUGCAGGGACACGGUUUCCCCCUAGGGUUUUUGGGUUGGGGGAAAGAGUUUAUGCACUUAAUUUUGACAGAGACCCCCGUUGGCUGCCGGGACAGAUUCUUCAAAUAACUGGACCCUAUUCUUAUAGGGUCCUUCUCACCGACGGAAGAAUUUGGAGGCGGCAUGUCAACCAACUACGGAGACGGGCUGCAGAAUUAGACACUCGACCUUCCCCUGACCCGUCAACACCCACAGCCUCGCACCAUCCAGAUAGUCCUCCUCCCAGACCGGAGGCCGGCCGGCCUCAACUGUCCAGAUCGUUCGCGCCGGUGGUCUUACCUGACAGCUCCGCUCCGGCGGUGAGUUCAAGUCCUGGACAGGAUCCACUUCCGGUUGAGCAGAAGCGGGCAGGCGAGGCAUCGCCAACCGUACCAACAAGUUCACCAAGUAUAAGACAGUCUGGGAGGCAGCGUCAACGUCCCGCGUACUUGGAGGACUACGAGUGCGCAUUCCGGGUGUGA